AUGUCAAAGGACGAGAGACUAGCUGAAGGUUACUUUACACAAAGACCACCACUCUUUAAUGGGAAGUACUAUGCCUAUUGGAAGACAAGGAUGGAGAUGUUCAUACAGUCCGAGAAUUAUCAAGUCUGGCGAGAUAUCGAAGUAGGAGAUUACGAGGUAACCAAGACCAAUGCAGAAAAUGAGGUAAUUCCUAAACCUAUCUCUGAAUAUGAUAGAAACGACUUUGAGAAGAAAGAAAUUAAUGCUACUGCUAAAAAACUCCUAGUUUGGGGUUUAGGGCCAGAUGAACACACUCGUGUUAUGGGAUGUAAAACAGCAAAAGAAAUAUGGGAUUUACUAGAAAUAACCCACGAAGGAAAUCAUGAAGUCAAACGUUCUAAAAUUGAUAUACUGCUUUCUAAAUAUGAACGUUUUGAAAUGGGUUCAAAAGAAACUAUUCAAGAAAUGUUUACUCGUUUUAAAAAUAUUACUAAUGAAUUAGUUUCUCUUGGUAGAGUUGUUCCUAUGGAUGAACAGGUACGCAAAAUUCUAAGAAGUCUUCCUGAAGAUGAACGGUGGAGAUCCAAAGUGGCUGCUUUGCAGGAAUCAAAGGACUUUACAACUUUUAACCUUGAACAACUUGCAGGUUCCUUGAUAACUCAUGAGCUUCACCUAUCAAACAAAAGUCAAGAAAGCUCAAAAAGCCGAGGAAUUGCUUUAAAAGUUGCCCAACCAAGUGAAGAGGAUUCCGAAUCUGGAGAGGAAGAAGCGGCUAUGCUAGUCAGGAAGUUAAAAAAGCUGUACCGCAACAAAAGGUUUGGUGACCAAAAGAAAAGGAACUUCAUGAAGAACCAGUAUUCCAACGAAACAAGAGGAUGCCACAAAUGUGGGAACACAGAUCACUUCAUCAAGGAAUGCCCUCUCUGGGAAUCAGAAAAAGGAAAAGGCAAAAUGAAGGAACACGGAAAAUCUCAUACUCCUAACUUUUCAAAAUCUGAUUACAGAAAAGCCAUGAUAGCUGCGUGGGGAGACACAAGUUCCGAGGAUGAUGAAGAACCCACGGAAGAAGAGACUGCAAACCUGUGUUUGCUGGCUAAACACAGUGAAUCUGCUAAAAAGUCAAAGGAGGUAAAUCUCGAACCUAAAUUUCUGAAAUCCCUAUCAAAAGACAAAUUAAUUUCUUUACUCAUAGAAACAUUGGAUGAAUAUAAAGAAAUAUGUCUUAAAUUUGGACAAAAUGAAAAAGUUCUAGAAAUCUAUAAGGAUCAUAUGAAAUAUUUGAAUAGUUCAAGAACAGAUGUUCAGGGAAUAUUCUUUGAUUUGCUAGAUAGAAACACUAUGCUUAAAGAAACACUAGAAAGAGUCAAAAAUGAAAAUAUCAUGUUAAAAGUUGAAUUGACUCAAUAUAAAUUGCUAUGCACUAACAUUGAUUCUAAUAGUGCUCUUCAAUUGCCUUUAGUAACCUUUAAUGAUGAUCUUAAAAAUUUGAAAAAAGAAUUGCAGGUUACUAAAGACAAAAAUGAGUUCUUUGAGAAGGAACUAGAGAGAGCAAGAAACAAUGAGAGUGUAAUCCACAUGGGAGUUCCAAAGUGGAUACUUGAAGCUCAAACCAGAAGGACAGAAGGUUUGGGUUUCAACCACAAAAAGAAGAGUAGUGGUAAAAAGAAAAACUAUGUGGAACUUCCUAGUGAGACUGUGUGUUCCUUCUGUGGCAAGUCAGGACACAAAGAUACUGAAUGCAAAAGAAAGGAACUUAAGUCCACUAAAAAUAUAGCUUAUGUAUGGCAAAAGAAAAAUGAGUCUGUUGUAUCAACGAAGGAACCCAUGAAAGAUGGGAAUGACACUGGGAAAGUUUUGCUGGAAAGAACUCGGAAAGGAAACACUUAUACUGUGGAUCUCAAUACAGUUCCGAGGAACAACUUAACUUGCCUCAGUGUCAUUGAGGAUGAUCCUUUACUGUGGCAUAAACGUUUUGGUCAUGCAAGUUUUUCUUUGAUUGAUAAAUUAAGAACAAGGAACUUGGUAGAGGGACUUCCUUCAAUCAAGUUCCUAUGUGACAAAAUUUGUGAUGCUUGUGUGAAAGGAAAACAGGUCAGAUCAUCCUUUAAAUCCAAGAAAAUGGUGAGUUCCACGAAACCUUUAGAAUUAAUUCAUAUGGAUUUGUGUGGUCCUAUGAGGAUUCAAAGUAGAAGUGGAAAGAAGUAUGUCUUAGUAAUUGUUGAUGAUUAUUCUAGAUUCACAUGGGUAAUUUUUAUGUCUAGCAAAGAUGAGACUUUUGAUGAGUUUGUUACAUUUUUCAGGAGAAUUCAAAAGUCCACCGGUCAUCAACUGAUACACGUUAGAUCCGAUCAUGGCACUGAAUUUGAGAAUUUUAAAUUUGAUGAUUUAUGCAGGGAACAAGGCUUAAGUCAUAAUUUCUCAGCUCCAAGAACUCCACAGCAAAAUGGAGUUGUGGAAAGGAAGAACAGAACCUUAGAAGACAUGGCUCGAACCAUGUUAAUAGCCAGCGAUCUUCCAAGGAACUUCUGGGCAGAAGCCGUGAAUACAGCCUGUUAUAUUAUAAAUCGUGUCAUGCUAAAGCCUAUAUUAAAUAAGACACCCUAUGAACUUAUGAAAGGCAGAAAACCGAACAUAUCUCAUCUGAGAGCAUUUGGUUGUAAAUGUUUUGUGCAUAAUAAUGGUAAAAGGAACAUAGGGAAAUUCGAUGAAAGAAGUGAUGAAGCCGUAUUUCUUGGAUAUGCUACUAACAGUAAAGCAUAUAGAGUUUACAAUAAACGUACUAUGUGUGUAGAGGAAAGUGUGCAUGUUAUAUUUGAUGAAACUAAUCCACUUCCAUGUACACAGGAACAUGAGGACUAUGACUUUGAAAUUGGUCUAGUACGCUCUCAAGAACAAGAAGAAGAUGCACCUCAGAAUGAAGAACCUGCCAAGGAACCAAUAACGCAAGAGGAAAUCACUGAAGAAGAAGCAACUGGGUCAGGAAAUCAGAAUAGUCGAGUUACUAUCCAAACCUUCCAGCCCAAACCUUGGAAGCACCAAAAGUCACACCCAAUGGACAAAAUUAUCAGUGACUUAUGCAAAGGAACUCAGACUAGAUCGCAAAUGAGGAACUUCUGUGCCUUCAAUGCUUUUCUAUCUACUUUGGAACCUUGCAACCAUAAAGAAGCCUUAGAAGACCCUGACUGGAUUAUAGCCAUGCAAGAGGAACUCAAUGAAUUCGAAAGAAAUCAGAUGGACGUAAAGUGUGCGUUUUUGAAUGGUUUAUUAAAAGAAACAGUUUACGUCAAUCAACCCCCUAGAUUCGAGAAUCCAAACUUUCUAAACCAUGUUUUUAAACUUGAUAAGGCUCUCUACGGACUAAAACAGGCUCCAAGAGCAUGUGAGUUCCAAAUGAGCAUGAUGGGGGAACUCAAUUUCUUUUUAGGACUGCAGAUCAAACAAACUGAAUCAGGAAUUUAUAUACAUCAGCAAAAAUAUGUCAAGGAACUCCUGAAAAAGUAUAACCUUGACAACGCAAAGACUAACCACACUCCUAUGGGAACUAACUCUAGAUUAGACGAAGAUCCCUCAGGAACUUGUGUGGACCAGACAAUGUACAGAGAUUAUGCCGGAGACUUAGUAAAUCGCAAGAGCACGUCAGGUAUGGUUCAAUUCUUAGGCUCUUGUCCAGUUUCUUGGAGUUCCAAGAAACAAAACACUGUUGCUCUAUCCACUCCUGAAGCAGAAUAUGCAGCUGCUGCUGCAUGUUGCUCCCAAUUAAUAUGGAUAAAGCAACAGUUGCGUGAUUUUGGCAUAAUUUUAGAAUGUGCUCCUAUAUACUGUGAUAAUACUAGUGCUAUAUGCAUCUCAAAAGAUCCAGUACAUCAUUCACGUGUAAAGCAUAUUCAUAUUAGGCAUCACUUUCUAAAAGACAAUGUGGAAAAAGGCUCUAUUAAAUUAGAAUUUUUACAAACUGAAUAUCGAAUUCCUGACAUUCUAACAAAGCCUUUGAGUAGAGAAAAAAUCGAAAAGAUGCAAUUGGAACUCGGAAUGAUAAAGCUGAAUUGA